CACACAAAAGUCCCAUGGCCGCUAAGAUGUUUUUCCCUUCUUUUCCCGAUACUUAUGUUCUUUGCAUUCUUACUCUCUUUACGGUAAUGUUCAUCCCGAUCUCUGCUCGGCCCACAUCAUUCGCCGAGGAUUUCAAAGCCGCAUGGUCGGAAUCUCACAUCCGCCAAAUGGACGGUGGGAAAUCUAUCCAGCUUGUCCUUGACCAGAGCACAGGAUGUGGGUUUGCUUCAAAAAGAAAAUAUCUAUUCGGACGAGUGAGCAUGAAAAUCAAACUCAUUCCGGGAGACUCUGCCGGUACAGUCACCGCCUUCUACAUGAAUUCCGAUACGAACACGGUGAGAGACGAGCUAGACUUCGAGUUCUUGGGAAACCGAAGUGGUCAACCUUACUCAGUGCAAACAAACAUAUUUGCUCAUGGUAAAGGAGACAGAGAACAAAGAGUUAAUCUUUGGUUCGACCCGGCUUUGGAUUUCCACACUUACACUAUCUUGUGGUCACACAAACACAUUGUAUUUUACGUAGACGAUGUGCCAAUAAGAGAAUACAAAAACAACGAAGCCAAGAAGAUAGCUUACCCAACAUCACAACCUAUGGGAGUUUACUCAACAUUAUGGGAAGCCGAUGAUUGGGCGACACGUGGCGGAUUAGAGAAGAUUGAUUGGAACAAAGCUCCUUUUUAUGCUUAUUACAAAGAUUUCGACAUCGAAGGCUGUCCUGUUCCUGGACCAGCCUCUUGUCCAUCCAACACUCACAAUUGGUGGGAAGGUUUUGCUUAUCAUUCGCUUAACGCCGUCGAAGCUCGACGUUACCGAUGGGUUAGAGUUAACCAUAUGGUUUAUGAUUAUUGUACCGACAAGUCUAGGUUCCCAGUCCCACCACCCGAGUGUCGUGCUUGAAAAUAAUACCAUACGUACGUUGCAAUGAUCAUGUUUCAUCUUUGUACGAUAAUUUUUUUAUAUAUAUAACUUGUUGGGAAAUUGUGGAUUGUAUUGUCCUUUUUAUGCAAUUGUGCAGACGUACGAUAAUUA